ACUCGAUUUUGUCACCUCUUUAGGACCUUUACCCUAACCUUUACUAUCGCAACUAGAGGCUUAACCCUGACAUGAACGGACACCUUAUUGUAAGACAGUAACGUAAUGAGCUACUUGUGUGUGUGUGUGGGGGGGGCUUCUGUGUUCCUGUACUUAUGCCUUUGUGAGGACAAUUUAAACAAAGACCCCACGGAGUGAGGACACUUUUUGAAAGUGAGGACAUUUUGACGGUCCUCACUUUUUCAGACUUGAAAUUUAGGGUUAAGGUUAUAACUAGGUUAAGGGUUAGGCAUUUAGUUUGGAUGGGUUAGGUAAGGUUAAGGGGCUAGGGAAUGUACAAACGUGUGUGUUUGCGUGUGUAGCGGUGCUCUUUUCACACUUCCUGUACCUGACUGGUUGAGUUGGAGCGUAAAGGAGGAAAACUCCCGCCUCUCGCAGCUGAUUGGCUGACCCGACGACAAGCAGCCAAUCCUAUGAGUGGGCUGCAACCGCCUUCGUUUUCUCACCUGUGACUUGCUAUUUCAAAGUAACUUCCAGGAAAUGAUGGCUGAAAAUCCCACACACACUUGAAAACCUGAGAGAACUGACUGGAGAGGGGGAUCAGGAUAUGUGAGUGAGUGCGUGUGCAUGUAAAUUAGUUGGAAUUGUUGCUUUUUCAUCAUGAGUCUCAAAAGCAGGAAGUUCUCACUGGACAGCUCUAUGACAGAUCUCAGGACGGAGGUGGACACUCUGGUGCGAGGAGAAGCAGCGGGAAGACAUCGAGACACAUCCGGAGUCUGGACGAGGCCCGACUGGAGAUCCAGGAGAUUAAUCACAGCCUCCACUCCAGCAUGACCAUAGCCGAGGAGAGCCAGGAGGGCUUACAGGAAUUUAUCAAUCAUAAACACCAUAAAAGCUUCCACAAGCUGUUCCCAGAUAUUCCCAAGGGGGAGAACCUGACACAUGUGUUCACCUGUGCCUUGCAGAAGGAGGUGCUGUAUCACGGCAAACUCUUUGUUUCCAAAAGCCACGUGUGUUUCUACUCAUCCGUGCUGCUCAAAGACACCAAGGUGGUGAUUCCUACGUCCAGUGUCAGGGAGGUGAAGAAACAGAACGCAGCUUUGUCCAUGCUGUCGAUCCAAACCGCUGAUGGAGAGAAGUACUCAUUUGCGUCUUUGAGGAACCGUGACUUGUGCCUCACACUCCUGGAAAGCCUCUGCUCAUAUGCACAGCAGGGAGAGAGUCCAAACAGCAGCCCUCACCUCUCCUCUCUAAGAAAUCCAGCCGAUCACGAUGUGGUCUCCAGUUAUUCCAGUAUGGACGAGAGCCUGGAUCGAGAUCUGAGCCGAAGAAGCAGCAUCGAUUAUGGCAACUUUUCUGACCUAGCCAGUGAAGGUGCAAUGAGAUGCAGAUCCACUCCUCACAGAAGCCCUGUGGAUAAAAACAACAGAGCUGCAUCGUGGAUCUGGAGCGGCGUCGAGACGGCGGCGUCAUUGGUGUUCGUCAGAGAAAUGAGGAAUCUCAGCGUUUUCUUCCACGUCUGCUUUAUGUUAAUUGUGCUGCUGCUGCUGGCGUCUGGCUACAUGUCGCUGAAGAUCUUAGCGCUGGAGGAGCAGCUGAUCUCUUUGGGAGUCCAGACUGAGCUGUCUCUGCACCACAGAGAGUACCAGGAGACGUAGCCUGUGGCAGAGGAUUGAUUCUUCCAGGAAAUCGUGCAAUGUGCCACUGGGUUCAGAUCCCACCCUGAGCCCUGUCUAGACACACUCCCCAAAGCAUCUUAACACUGAGACUCCGUCCCUGUGAUACACACAUCUUUUCCAUAAACGUACUGUUAUUGCACAUAUUGCUUCCCUUACUGUAGAUAUUUAAACUCCUGUACGUACACCAUGUUAUGCAGAGAGGAUUUGUUAUGAUUCAGAUCUAAAACAGAAGCGGGGCUCGCCUGCUCUGAACCAUAAGGACUCGUCAUGUUUGAUUCCCGGCCGGUGAACAGCUGAGCUCAGCUUGCAGAGGCUGCAGUUUGACCGUCGUGUUCUCGGUUCAACACAACCGACAAACAGACGCUCAUCAAGAAGGAAAACGAAGCACUUUUGUUGUUCGGUUGAUUUUAACUUCAUUCCAUAUUUUGAAUUUUCUCACUGUGUCAUUUAACAACUGCAGGCUCUAGUGUGGAAUGACUGUUAAUGACAGCAAUCAGCCAGCAGAGGGCAGUCACUUCCAUUAAAACUUGAUUGGUACUUGAGCUACAAUGACGAUUUCGUUUGCACUUCAGAGAGUUUCAAGCUCAAGAAAUAUUAUAUGCGUUGUAAAUGUUUCACUACAGACCUAAUGGCAUAUCAUUCCUGUAAGUAGUUCUUAUUCUGUAUAUUUGAUGAAAGCAUUGAUUUUGUCAUCUGUAAUAAUAUAUUAAUAUUUUUCAAAGCUUUCUCCAGAUAUAAAAAACAAAUUUUGAAGACUGUAUAGUGCCUGCAUUAAAUAAAUCCAAUGGAAAUACUUUGUGAUUGAAUGUAAUAUCAAUAAGCCAGUGUCAGUGCGGUCAUGUCAUACAAACGUUUCAUUCUGUCAAUAAAAUCUUCUUGACAAUA